UAAUUUCCCCCCUGCGUCCGCAUCCCGGUCAGAUUGGGCCCGGAGGUCAGUCGGAAGCCUCCGGCUAGUGGUGAGACCGGACCUAAGUCCGCGUAUUAGGCGCUGCAGGAGUCGCUCAAAAGUAGGUCCCCAAGGUUCCGAGCCACGCGGUAUGGGUACUGAGGACGAAAGCCCAGAACCGGACUGCCAGAAGCAGUUCCAGGCCGCAGUCAGUGUCAUUCAGAACCUGCCCAAGAAUGGCUCUUACCGCCCUUCUUAUGAAGAGAUGCUGAGAUUCUAUAGCUACUACAAGCAAGCUACCAUGGGACCCUGCCUGGUCCCGAGGCCUGGGUUCUGGGACCCAAUUGGACGAUAUAAGUGGGAUGCCUGGAACAGCCUAGGCAAGAUGAGCAGGGAGGAAGCCAUGACUGCCUACAUCGCUGAGAUGAAGCUCAUGGCACAGAAGGUGAUCGACACAGUGCCCCUGGGCGAGGUGGCAGAGGACAUGUUUGCUUACUUCGAGCCCCUGUACCAGGUGAUCCCCGAUAUGCCGAGGCCCCCGGAAACCUUCCUGAAAAGGGUCACAGGUUGGAAAGAGCAGGCACUGAAUGGAGGUGCUGGGGCUGCCCCAGAGUUUCCCUGCCUCCCCAGGGAACCAGCACUCCCAAAUCCAGAGUCCCAGCCACCUAAGGACUUGGACUCCGAGGUUUUCUGCGAUUCCUUGGAGCAGCUGGAGCCUGAGCUGCAGGUCUGGACAGAGCAGAAGGCAUCCCCUGGAGGAGAGCCUGACCCCAGAAACAGCUCCCUGCUCCCUGCAGAGAAAGAGGGCAGCCCGCUGGGGUCCCAGGAAUUGGACACGUGGCUGGUGGCGACAGUUCGGGCACUGCAGGAGAGCAUGCGAGAUGUGCAGGGUAGACUGCAGAACCUGGAGGGCAUGCCCCGCCUCCUGGAGCAGAAGAGGAAACCAAGUCUCUGAGACUGGGUAACUCACCUGAGGGCACACAGCCCGGAGGAACUUCACAGAGCUGCUGUGAGGCUUAGAUGAGGUAGUGCCCACCACACAGGGAAGCCUUCUCCAACGGGCUUCGUUGUUACUGUUACUAUUAUGAUUAGUUCCCUGGAUGGAGCUGAGAACGGCCUCAGGUCUGUCUCCCUCCAAAGUUGGGGCUCCCCAUUGACGGAGAAGGUCCAUUCUUGAGAAGCUUGGGGAGGUGGGGGGCAGGAAGCGGCUGAAUUGCUGGACAAGGGGGAUCACGUGGGUGACCCCGAACCCCCUUGACACUGUGGGUGUCAGCCAAGGUGGCAGGAAUUCCCAGACCCACCUUUCAACGCCACCCCCAAGGCUUUAUUUAUUGAUUUUACUUUUAAUGCAUAUGCUGAAGAUUUUAAAGAUUUCCACCCCAAAACAGCUGGUUUUCCAUCUCUAAAAAUAAGAACACUCCACUACCUAGCCCAAACGACAUUUUAGCACACGCUUCAUAGCUCACGUCCCCAGUCCAAAGUGAAAUCUCCCCAGCUGUCCCGAAAUUGCCUUUUCCAGCUGCUCUGUCCAGUUCAGACACACGUGCUGCGUUUGGCUUCUCUGUCCUUUAAGACUCCUUUAAUCCGCACCAGGGCUUUCUCCUUGCUACCGACUUACGGAGACUGGGCCAGAGGUCCAGUAGACGGCUCCUUUCUGGGUCUCUCUGAUUACAUCCUCCUGGCUAGUUUCCAUGACCAGAGUGUGGCAGAUGUGACAUUCUUCACAUCAGGGGGCAAAUAUCUGGAUGUCCCGCUGGUAAUGGUUCUAGCAUGGGCGGAUGUAGAAGGGGUGACAGUCCGAUGUCACUGCUGUUAAGUCAUGUUUUCCUCUUGCCAGCCAGGGCAUGGCCUGCUCCCCAUGACCCCCAUUUGCCACGUGAUUUUUGACACUUAAUGGAUAAGCCUUGCCUGGAUCAGUAAUUUAUUUGGAAAAAGAAAUGUUGACUUUUAAAAUUCUUAUUCCUUUAACAUUUAUGAGGGUGACAUUUUUCUGUAGAGUUUCAUCUAGGAUCUCCCUCAAGCACAGCGCCUUAUGGAAAAGCAGAAUAAAUGCUUCAUUCAUUGUCUUUAA